AUGCAACAUCUGUACUCCCAGGCCUGUCGUCAGGGGGAACAACCGGUGCACAGCGUGCGCGGGCUCGUGGUUGGUCAGUUCAGAUCCGGGAAAACGUGUGUCGUCAGGAGGCUGACGGGAGAGAAGGCUGUGGAGCAACAACCAGUAACAGACGGCAUCGAAAUUUCACCGAGCGUGAUGACUAAGACAUGGAGAACGGCAAGAGAGGAGCCAGAUGAGUUCAAGGAAACCAUGGCAGAACGCUUAGCGGAACAGCAAGAACGGGCCGAAUCCAGCCCCCGGACGAUGCAUAUGGAAUGCGAUUCUGGAGAGACAGAGGACCAAAAAAGGGAGCACAAUCUCCAAACUCAGCAAGAGGAACCGCUGAAAACAGAGACACCAAAGCAAGAUUCUGGAGAGACAGAGGACCAACAAAGGGAGCACAAUCUCCAAACUCAGCAAAAGGAACCGCCAAAAUCAGAGGCACCGACACAAAGAUCACAGUCAUUUGAUCCUGUAGAUGAAAACAGAGGAGAAGAUAUGAACAGACCUACAUCACCACAAAAGCAGCCUCAAGAGCAAAUCAUGGGUGACGUUACGGUUCAGCAUCAAGCAAAAGGUGUUGCAAAUGAUGGCAUAACGAAUGCUGCAAUGCGACGUCAAGGUGCCACGACGGUCCGAAAACAAACAUAUUACAUUCCGAAUGAUGUUGUAAUAAAAACUCAACAGCGAAUCCAAGGUGGCGUGACAGAAGAGCAGCUUGGAACAGCUGAACACCCGCGUAUCUCCUUUUGGGACUUCGGCGGCCAGGCCACGUACUACGGCUCGCACCAGUGCUUCUUCACGUACCGCGGGAUCUACAUCCUGGUCAUGUCACUGCUGCAGAAGCUGUCCGAUCGAGUUCCUGAUCUGGACUACAAGGCGUCAGCGGACAACCUCGAAACUGGAAGAGACUACUUGGACCACUGGCUGAACUCUGUCCGCACACACACCCUGCAGCCUGGACAGGAGGAGACAGGAAAGCCACCUAUUGUCUUGGUCCUCACACACAAGGACAAAGUCAGCGAGUUGGAAAUUGAGAGGUAUAAGAAAGACAUACUUGACCACAUCGGUGGUAAGGCUGCCGGUAAACACGUCUUACCAGAGAUAUUUGUCAUUGACAACUUCAGCGAGAACGACGGUGACUUUGACGAGCUCCGAGAAUACAUCCGCAAGGAGGCGAAGGGUCUGUGGUUCAUGGGCGAGAAGGUACCGAUGACUUGGCUUCAUCUGAAGUCCAAACUGAUAGACAAGAGGACAAGUGGAGACCCAUUUUGCCGUUUCCAAGAUGUCGUGGAUCUGGCCCGAAGUGAUGAUGUAGGCAUCGCGGACGUCAGCGAUGUUGCUGACAUUCUGACCUUCCUACACGCCCUUGGUGACAUCAUCUUCAUCAACGAACCCGUCCUUGGUGAUCACGUGGUUCUCCGACCCCAGGUGAUGAUUGACGUCUUCAAGACAAUCAUCACCGUCCCGGAGUACCAACAGGACAGGAGCACGGAUGGGGAGGUUGCCGAGAUGUGGAGGAGGCUGGAGACGGAAGGCAUCCUCAGUGACAGGUUUUUGACAAUCAUCUGGACCAAUGCAGAUCAGAAGAUGCAGAAGCCCUUCCUACUCCGGCACAAGCUCUUCCUGAAACGACUUAUGGAAAAGUACUACCUUCUCUGCAACGCCACGCCAAUCGGUGAGUUUGCUGACACAGCGGAAGAACCUGAGAAAGAAGAAAUCUACUUCGUACCAUCUCUCCUGGCCGCGAAGCCUGACGACAACACAUUGUAUCCUGGGCACAUGAGGAGACACCGGCAUCCUCUGUAUGUCAAAUUUGAAAACAUGUUCCUCCCAAGCGGCAUGUUCUACCGUCUGCAAGCGAUCUGUGUGCGCAGGUUCGGCCUUGAAGAGUCCCACGUGUUCUCCGGCUGCGGCCGCUUUCCUACCGAUGAUGUACAGCAACAGUUCGUGGUAACCAAAGUGAAGCACUAUCUGAAGGUGGAGCUACUGUCGGCUGAAGAUAAAGACCAACCAGUGUUCACACAGGGCCUUCCCGUUAGAAAAUUCCUCAGCAGUUGUCUCUUCGAGAUCAAAGAGAAAUGGAUUCCGUCCAUCCAGUACGACUGGUGCUUUGGGGAGGCGUCAGAUGAAGAAAUCGGCACACCACUAUUCCACACGCUGUCUGACACAAAACAAGAGACGGCAACAGGAUCCAGUCGUUUUCCAGAAAACUUUGUCGAUGUGUGGAUGGGUGGCAGCGGUGAUAACAGAACGUCCUUUCCAGAAAACUUGGGUGGUUCCGGACCCAUGAUGAUCGAGCCCACACAGACAGAAGACACAGUCCGAACGAUUGCUCGGAUUGGCCCUGUCCUGGACUGUAUGGAGACGUGCGAAGGGCUGAGCCUGACAGAGUGUGAUCGGAUCAGGCGCGAGCUAACAUUCAUUAGCAGGUUCAAAAAGCUGGUUGAUACCGUCAAGAGUGCUGGGGACAUGUGCCAUCGCUUGCUGGGUGCAUCUGUGGAGGUUUGCUUGCCAGAGAAAGCACCUAUGUUCCUCCGACAGAAGAGAGGCAACGAAAUUGUUAUUCUACACGUUGGGGACUACAAUGACAAGCUCAUCCAGCCACUCCUGGGACAAGUAGUCAAGUCCUCCAACAGGUACGGUGUAACUGUGUCUGAAGAUGUCAUCAAACCAGGUAAUAUCAUCACAGUGAAAUCAUUGGAUCAUCUUCUCCAAAGGAACGUCAGGAUGGUCGUGCCAAUCAUUACACCACAGGCUCUCCACAGCAGAUACUGGUCCUCACUUGGGUACGAAUUCUGUGUACAGAACAAGAACCUGGUAUGUCCAGUCUUAGCCUACCCUGAAGGGACAAGGGAGCGUUUGCUAGAGGUGCUCGGUAGGCGCUGCGCGGGGAUGCUGGAUAUGCCAUCAACAGAAGUACCAAUGACCGAAGAACCACUGUCUAGAACCAAAAUCAGUCUCACGGCUGCAGAAAUCCUGAAUAAGGCGUCGACUUCUGUUGUGCUGAACACGUACAGAAUCACAACAGAAGGCUGUACACUUGAGGAGGAUGGCGUCACUAUCUCCUUCCCGGAAGGAUGCGUCGAGACGGAAAGAUUGCUGUCCUUGGAGGUUGAGAUGCUCCCCAUUGACGACGCCUUAACAGAGACUUUCUCAGCUGUGACACCGGUACUGACUGUGCACCAGGAAAAGGAGGAAGACUUCUUAGAGCCCGUUAGCGUCACCCUGCCGUGGGCAUGGAAGAAAAUCGACUGCAGCGCAGACCAAACCGUCCUGAUGGAGAGAAAAUCACAGCCUCCCCGGUGGACUUUGCUACAAGCAGAGUUUCAAGAGACAGAGGAUGAACUCACAUUCACAACGAGACACUUCUGCGGGAUGGCCGGAGCCAAGGAAAGUGGCAAUGGUGGAGAAAGUUCUACCUCGACCCCGGGAAACCAGGAUGAGUCAGCCAAUCAGGAGGCAGCAGAGGAAAGCUUCUCAAGAGACCAAGCGCACGAGGGUGAGACAGCCAAUCAGAAGACAGCAGAUAAAACUAUCUCAAGAGAACCGGGAAACAAGAAUGAGGCAACCACUCAGGAGGCAGAAAAUGACAGUAUAUCAAGAGAACCAAGAAACCAGAAUGAGGCAGCAAAUCAGAAAGCAGUAAAGGAAACUUUUUCAAAAGAACCAGCAAACGAGAGUGACGUAGCCAAUCAGACGGCAUCAGGUCAAAGUAUGUCAGGAGAGUUAAAGGUCUCAUCAGCAUCUAAAACUACAGUCGUCACUGAACAAUUCCAGGCAUGUUGUAACAGAUGCACUGGAGACAAAGUGUAUCUCAUAGUAAACCCAAACCAGGCAACAACAGACAAGAACUACAUCCACCUCUUGUGUGUUCACAAGGACGACGACGCCAAGGACUUUUUCCGAGCUGACAAUAUGCGGUGGCCUCCACCGUUCCAACAGCGCAUCGUCAUGGGCGAGGAAGAAAAGAUAGAUGCCGAGUUUGACAACAGUAAAGACGUCAUUGCAGACCUUUCUAAAGUUUUGGAGCAUGGCCACACAUUCUAUUUCCCACCAGCUGACUGCAACAGGUGGUCUGUUGGACUGAUUCUGAAUGCUACGCGCCCAGGCAAGAAGAACUACGAAGGAACCGUCAAUUUCACACGACGACUUCUUGGCUCCGGAAAACAAAUAGAUGAUGUCAGGCGCCAAAUCUCACCCGCAACAGUGUUUUUCUACCAUGACAAAGAUGUGGUAGAGACAAGUGAGGUUCAAGAGAAGGAUACAACUGUGAUGAGCAAGUCGGUUCAAGCACAGUUUCAGCCAAAGAAAGCGGUCGUGUCUGUUCUGAUGGUUAACGAUAAGUACGGUACGUCCCAUGGAGGCACUUCUACCACGAGCUGUCAGGUGGCCCAGUUUCUGCAACGCCAUGGUGCCAUAGUUCAUUGCACAGCUGUGCAAGCAUCUGAAGAAGACAAGCGACGGGCCGCGGAAGAUGGUGUCCGCCUGCAUCUGCCUGUAAAGAAACACAGAGACAAGAGAACGCCUUCUUUGGAAUGGUUGACCCACUACCACAGCAUCCACUUCCCAGACAUACCACAGGAUCUAAAUUGCAUUGUAGGCAAUGCCGAUGUUACAAGCGAAGCUGCAAAAAGCAUACGAGAGAACGGCCGCGAAGUGGCAAAACUGGUUAUUUUCAACCACGACAUGCCAGAAGACACGGAGCACUACAAGGGAGCAGGGAGAAAGGUGGAAGACAUCCUUGACGAUACCAAGAAUGCAGACGCCGUGUUCUCCUUGGGAAGAAGAAUCUACGACUACUUCGAGACGAAGUACAACUCACUUGGAGAAAGCAGACCACGCAAACACUUUUUGUUUCGUCCAAGACCAUCUCCAGUGUUUGAAGCCAUCUCUGUUAGACCAGGAGGAGGAGAGAAAGUCGUGCUGUUUGUCGGGACAGUGACCGGUGUGGAAAAGCUAAAAGGUCACGACCUGGUAGCACGGGCCUUGGGAGAGGUUGCAGAAAAGAUCCCAAACGUCAGAUUGCGUGUUCGCGUGGUAGAUGAAGAUGACUAUGAAGCUAGUAAGAAAAUCUUGCAAGAGAACCUACGCAGUAGUAAGAUCAAACCAACGCUACUGCCGUGUGGAACCCAGGAGGACAUUGCUCAGGACAUGCAGCAGGCCCACCUGGUCCUGAUGCCGUCCCGCGCCGAGCCGUUCGGACUGAUCGGUCUGGAGGCUAUCACAGCAGGCAUCCCCGUACUCAUCUCUGACAAGUCAGGCCUAGCAGACAUGAUCAAGGACUUGAUCAAGGAAAAGAAAUGUAAUCCAGACAUGAGGCACAGGAUUGUAGAAACCAGCAUGAGGGAGACCGACCUGGAUGAGGAUGCAAGAGAAUGGGCAAAGAAGAUUGCUGACACCUUGGAAUGCUGUGACUGGGAAUUUCAGAAAGCAGAAGAGUUCAAGAAGACACUCUUGGAUUCCAAGUACUGGGAAGAGUCACACCAAAACCUGCUACGGGUCUGCGGAUUGAUUGACUGACUCUUGUUCGAGGGCUAUGGAUCCAACGUAUCGAAAUCAUCAUCGCUGAUUCUGAUGCACUGACUUAAACUGUCAUCAGUAAUAUCAAAGUUGAA